CGAAACGGAAAGCCAUUCAAAGAUGGGGAGUAUGCCAAAGCAUUCAUGCUUGAUGUUGCCAAUGAACUUUUUGAUGACUUUUCGGAUGAAAAAAUAUUUAAACGAAUAAAAGACAUGCCGCUGUCGGCGAGAACUGUUCACAAUCGUAGCAUCAUGAUGUCAAGUGAAAGACAUAAAUGCGGCACCUUUUUUUCUCUCGCUUUGGAUGAGUCAACAGACGUCAGUAAUUUAUCCCAGUUCAGCGUGGUUGCAAGGUAUGUAGUCGGUGAUACACUACAUGAGGAAAGCCUUGCUGUUUUGUCUAUGAAAGGCACAACAAGAGGACAGGAUUUAUUCAGGUCCUUCACUGAGUUCGUUAAAGAAAAAAAUCUAUGGAUGGCUAAACUUAUUUCGUUGCACUGAUGGGGAAACACAGAGGAUUUGUCGCUCUUCUUUGUGAACACGAAAACAGACACAUCAUAAGCUUUCAUUGCAUCCUACAUCAGGAGGCGCUUCAUGCUCAGAGCAGCUUGGUGAGGUGAUGUCGCUGGUGGUUCUGGUAGUCAACUUUAUUGUUGCCCGAGAAUUAAAUGAUCGC